GGUGAAUCCGCUCUACUCUUGCAGCCCUUGGCUCGUUGCUGAAGUGCGACCUUGUUUGCCAGCACACUCGACCUCUCCAGGACACGUUGGACACUUCUACCCCUUCACAUCGCUCUUCGGUCCUAUCCAUUUCUGAGCUUACUCGGCAUUAGAUACGAUGGGUGGAACUGGCUGGUUAUUCCUUUUCGCGCUCCUCAUGGCCGCAGGACUUGCUCUUCACGAUGGUUUUCUUCGUAAGUGUGGCUCCUCUAUUAUCAUGUUCUCCGACCUCGAAUGCGACUAUAUCAACCCAAUAGAUCUUUGCAAUAAGCUUAACCAAUUCAUCCUACCAGAAAACAUCGCACACGCAAUUAUCACCCUACUAUUUCUCCUUUCUGGUCAAUGGUUCGCCUUCUUGCUCAACCUUCCCCUUGUGCUAUAUAAUGUCAACAAGAUAAGAAACAAGAAUCACAUGUAUGAUGCCACAGAGAUCUUCCGCACGCUGUCGGGACACAAGAAGGAGAGUUUUUUGAAACUCGGCUUUUACCUCUUGUCGUUCUUCUAUUACCUCUAUCGGAUGAUUGUCGCACUCAUCUCGGAAAGCGAAUGAGGCUGAUCCGUGGAGUGGCCUUUUCGUCGCGAUCGCUUUACGCAAUUGCUCCCGCUCAGGUUGAUGGAGAUAAUUAAGACGAGCGGUGGUGUGCAGAGGCUUUGGCACAUGUGCUUUAUGAUCUAGGUUACGUUGCAGACGUCGAGAGUUUCGUUACGUUUUCAUGGUUGUUUCAUCCCAUCACGCAUUCCCGUUGACUUACCCCUGGAACUUACUCGAGCAGAAAGAGCUCCAACCACUCUCGCAAGUUUGAGAAAUGACUGGGGCUCCCUCAAUUUGCAUGAUUUGGU